CUCCCUUAUUGCAACCAUCAACAAAAGCUUUCCUUCUCAUUCAAACAAAUACUUUUUUCUUUCAGCUCAGAAGUGUUCGAAUUUGUACAGCAAUGGCUAUCCGACGAUUGCUGAGACGUUCCUUGUCUAGUGAGAGAAGGUCAGCUGAAGUCCCAAAGGGGCAUGUUGCUGUUUAUAUAGGCGAGAAUGAAAAGAGGCGCUUUGUCAUUCCAGUGUCGUACUUGAACCAUUCCGCCUUUCAAGAAUUGUUGUUUCAAGCUGAGGAAGCAUUUGGUUUCCAUCACCCUAUGGGAGGCAUCACCAUCCCCUGCAGUGAGGACUUAUUCAUUGAUGUCGUCUCUAGCUUGAGAAAAACAUGAUUAAUGUACAUGAUAUGUUUAGGAGAAUCACCAUUUUGUAGAUUAGCAUCUCUUAGAAAUUGUAGACAAUGACAUACUAAAAAUGAAGAUGAAAUUUAUUGAACCA